AUGCGGUUAAGCAGAUCCCAUGAUACGAAAAAAGAGUUAUGCAUGAGUAAAAGGAAGGUCUUGGGCAAUGAAAAGCUUGAAGAUAAAUCCGUGGUGUAUCCAGAGGGAGUAUUGGGGGACGUCAUUGUCAAGGUAAACGAGCUAAUAUUUCCUGCAGACUUCUACAUUAUCAACUUGGAGGAUGACAAUUCAGCCAAUUCAUCUGACAUACUUCUCGGGAGGCCAUUCUUGAGUACCACACAAACAAAGAUUAACGUACGAAGUGGGAAACUCCCUAUGGAUUUCGAUGGGGAAGUAGUGAAAUUCAAUUUCUAUGAGGCCAUGAAUCGCCCUAGCAUGAUUUCUAAUGUUUCUAAUAUUGAUAUAAUCGAUCCUUUAACUGAAUUACAUUCAGAAUAUCAUGAAGAGGAUGAAUUAUGA